UGUUAAAAUAAAACAGUAGCCUCUGAGGUAUAGCUCGGCAACUGGCAAAAUUCAUGUACUGAUUUGUCCAGACAGAACAGAUCUGAACAGAACAUUUGUAAAUGGUGUAGGGUUGUGAGGGGAAAUGAAGAUCUAAUAUAAGUUUGGCAGGUGGCAAAAACCUCAGUACUUAUUAUAACACACCACAGGAGAAACAGUGCUGGUUAGCAGUUAGAACAAAACUUCCUUUUUUUCCCACAGUGGCAACUCUGUAUGACUUGCUCAACAACACUUCUUUGGCUGACAGCUCUUAAAAGAACCAUUUAUGGAAUAUUGCUAACAUGGAGGAUGCCAAAUACAGGUUAAUGCUAGUAUGCUGGGUGAUAAUCACGUUUAUAUUUGGCUUGGCAGUGUGCUCACUAGAUAUAAAAUUCUUGAGGACACAGCCAUGUGACAUCCACCAGAAUACCACUACCGGGACUGUUGAGUUUGACUGCCGUGGACGACAAUUACGAGUCGUGCCCUUGGUUUUUGAGAACACCACCAGCCUUGAUUUAUCUGAGAAUGAAAUCAAGAAUCUAACACUGGACUCAUUGAAAGGCCUGCAAAAAUUGAUCAAUCUAAAUCUAAACUGGAUGAACCAUAAUCAACAUGUGAACAUCACUGAGGGGGUUUUUGCAAAUUUGACAAACCUGGAACACUUGAGGCUUAAUGGACUGGGUUUGCCGGAGGUACCUGCACACCUUCCGAAGUCCCUGAAAGAACUGAGAUUGGACGAGAACAAAAUUUUCUCACUAAGUCCCAGAAACUUUUCACAAUUAAAAAACCUGACCCAUAUUUAUCUAUCCAAAAAUUGCUAUUAUUGGAAUCCCUGUUUGAUUAAUUUUGAGAUUGAAAUUGGAACAUUUUCAGGCUUGCACAAAUUACAACAUCUGAGUUUGUCAUAUAAUAACCUUUCCCAUGUUCCCAGAGAUUUGCCUGUCUCCUUAGUAACACUUGAACUUGCUUCCAACAAUAUAUCAUUCAUUGGGGAAGAUGAUUUUAAAGAGCUCCGAAAUCUCAAAACCCUUAAAAUUCAGGGAAAUUGUCCACGCUGUCACAAUGCUCCAUAUCCCUGCAUUCCGUGUUCCAAUGGUUCUAUCGAUAUCCAUGAACGAGCUUUCAACCAACUCCGAAAGCUUGAAUUACUGCAUCUUGCUGGGAAUUCUAUUUCUAUCAUCAAGAAAGUUUGGUUUGAGAAAACUCUGUAUCUGCGGGAACUCUACCUUUCCUUCAAUUUUCUUACAGGACAGAUCAAGGAUGGAGCAUUUUUGAGUAACUUAAGGCUUCUGGAAAAACUCGAUCUCUCAUUUAAUUAUGGAUUACAAGCUUAUCCAGAAACUGUGCACCUAGCUCCAACCUUUGCCAACUUGUUCAGUCUCCGCACACUGCAUAUCCAAGGUUUGGUUUUCAAAAAGAUCCAAAACAACUCAUUGGCAUCUCUUUAUGGUUUGAAAAAUCUGUCCACAUUAGAUUUAGGAGUAAAUUUUAUUGUCAGUGUGGAUUCAGGUAUAUUUAACAAAUUUCAUAAUUUAAAACUGCUGUAUCUGUCAGAAAACCGUCUCUAUCCUAUCACUAACUCUGAUGUUAGUAAGCCAGAUAAUAACAUAAAGCCUCCACUCUUCAACCUACCUCAGCUGACAUAUUCUAGUUCUAAAAGGAAACUAGACCCAUAUCAGCUUAACAAAGGGCUUAUCAAACCAGAAUGCUUCGCUGCUGGCCAUGUGUUGGAUCUGAGCAGAAAUAAUCUGUUUUUCAUUUCCCCAAAGCAAUUUGAGGGACAUAAAAACAUUUCCUGUCUCAACCUGUCCAGAAAUGCCUUCGCAUCAGCAUUAAAUGGAACAGAAUUCACAUCACUGCCCAGCCUAAAAUAUUUAGACUUAUCUUUUAACAAGAUUGAUUUGGCCUACGAUUAUGCUUUUAAUGAAUUAAUAGAGUUGGAGGUGCUUGACCUCAGCUUUAAUGAACAUUAUUUCCGUGUGCCUGGGGUAACUCAUAAUUUGAAGUUCAUAAAAAAUUUGCCUAAGCUGAGAGUAUUAAAUAUGAGUUCCAACAGCAUUUUUACCCUAACAACUAAGCACAUGUGCAGCGACUCGCUUGCUGAGCUCCAGUUCCACCAUAAUCAACUGGGAAGGCUUUGGAAAGAGAAAGACGAAACGUAUUUUAAACUUUUCUGGAACUUAACAAAUCUGACACAUCUUGAUAUAUCAUACAACAAUAUCAAGAAUAUCCCUACAGAAGUGUACAAAUACUUGCCUAUCACAAUAAAAAGAUUCAGACUGAAUGGCAACGCCCUGACGAGUCUUAAUUGGACUUUGAUGAAGAACUUUACACAGCUUGAAGAGCUCAUUCUUGGCUACAACAGCCUGACGUAUGCCUCUAGAAACAUAACCCAGAAUAUCCCGUCCUUGCUUUACCUCGACCUGAGCCAUAACAGAAUCUCUCAGCUGGCCACUGGAUUUAUCCAAGGUGCUGUCAAUCUUAAAAUGCUGGAUCUGAGUAAUAAUAAAUUAAGCACCAUUAAUCAAUCCACCUUCCCAUCCAAGGACACAAAUCAUUUGAACACUUUGUGGCUCCAUAACAACCCCUAUCGUUGCACAUGUGACAUAAUGGACUUUAUCCUUUGGAUUUUUGAAAGCGACGUGAAAAUCCCCCAUCUGGUCACUAUGGUGAAAUGCAAUGUCCCUGAAGCAACCAAGGGCAAAGGGGUGAUAUUCUUUGACAUCAGGGAAUGCAUUGAUGGCCAAGUCGCCUUCCUGGCUUACUUCUUCUCCACUUUGCUUAUUGUGGGUGUCACCUUUGUGGCAACCUUAAUGCAUAUGUUCUACUGGGACUUUUCAUAUGUGUUCUACUAUGUGAAGGCCAAAUUCAAAGGGUACCAGCACUUUAGCUCUGGAGAUAAUGUCUACGGUGCCUUUGUUACAUACGACACCAAAGACUCACAGGUUUCCGAGUGGGUCCUGAACCAUCUCCGGGCUCAGCUGGAAGAACAAGGUGAUCACUUCCUUCCAGUCUGUUUGGAAGAACGUGACUGGCUGCCUGGCUGCCCCAUCCUGGACAGCCUGACCCAGAGCAUUCGCCAGAGUCGCAAGACUGUCUUUGUCCUCACUCAUUCCUAUGUGAAGAGCGGCUCAUUCAAGAUGGCUAUGUACCUGGCGCACCAGCGUCUGCUGGAUGAAAGUGAGGAUGUGAUCGUGCUGCUGCUACUUGAUCCUGUACUGCAGAACUCGCAUUUCCUGCGCCUGCGAAGGCGCCUCUGCAGCCACAGCGUGCUCGAGUGGCCCCGGACGCCUGCCGCAGAGCCCUGGUUCUGGCAGUGUCUGAGAAAUGCAAUUCGGGUCGAGAACAAGGUCAUGUACAGCACCAUCUACUCCAGAUACGUUCCUAUCAAAAACAGACCCAGAGAGAAAGAAUGAACUACAUGACACAUGAUAUACUGUAUAUAUUUUAUAUUACACAUAUUUACUAUACAACAUAUAUUUCAACAAACCCAAUAUUCUUAUUAUUAUUACCUUGAUUCUGUUGACUUAAUAAGAAUGAACAUUCAAGUGUGAAAAUAUUGCAGUGCAAACUGUCCCACAGCCAACAUUUCUUUUCUAUAUCUUUUCUAAUUAACAGUCAUAGUCGUGUUCAUGGCUCACCAGAACUCAUUUCUGUAGUUACAUGGCUUUCUUAGAUUUUUUCUAUUAGUAUUCUAGCAAGUUGGUUGCCAUAGUGUUUUCAGGUGGUUGCUAGUGUAUUGCUUUGUAGUUCCUAGAAUGUUGCUAGUGGGUCGCUAUGAUAUUAAAGGGUGUUGCUAGAUGAUUACUAUGCUAUGCCAGGGGGUUGCUAUGGUGUUGCUAGAUGGUUGCUAGGGUGUUGGUAGGUGGUUGCUAUACUAUCCCAUGUAGUUGCUAGGGUUUUCUAGGUGGUUGCUAUGCUAUCUAAAUUCUAAAAUAGUUUUCCCUUUUAAAUUUAUGGUUUGAAAUAAGUAAAGUUGUAAGUCAGUAGUCAGUCAUAAGUCAGUAAUUUCAAUACAGAUUUUUUUUUAUAUUUAUUUGUAACUUUGCCAGCACAAUAUCUCAGGGUCAAUAUUUAACUACUGAUUACUUGUUAAUCAGUUUGGAGAAAAGAUAAGCCCAUAAAGAAAAUGUUGUGAAAAAUACUUUAAUUUAAAUAUAGAAUAAAAUGACGUAAGGGCAUUACAAAACAGCUGUAAGGGAGAUACAGAGAAAAUUUAGCUAAAAUUGCCAUAACAGGAUUCCAACCCAUGAGCCUUCCAAGAGAAGGAUUAUAAAAUGGAAAUGCUUUUUUGAAGUGUUUCAUUUCAUCGCCUGUCAUGUAAAUUUUGUAAAGCCAGUAAUAAAUGUUGCUAUAGAUAUAUAAAUAAAUCGUGAUGCACCGCAAUAUCAUAAAUGGUUCAUGAUUAAAUCAACACAAGAGAAAGAGUGAAUCUGCGAGUUCAGAAUCAAUCUCUCUCGAGCAGGGACAGAAGAAAGUAGAAUCAUUCUCAGUAUGAACCAGUGAGCACUGAGUACACUUCAAGCCAGACAUGUUCACAAGUCCCUGAGGUCCAAGUCAAGUAUCAAGUCUUUGAGUUGGAGUCUUAGUCAAGUCUCAUGUCUUUCUUAUAUUUUUAGCAAUAGUUCUUUCAGCUAGUUAUUGUAAUUAACAGUGUAUUAAACUAAACCAAUUUUGAAAUAUUAAAACUGAUUACUUCUACAGAAUGUCUUGUUCAUUUAUUAAAAAUUAUCUAAUAAAGCACACAUGGUUUCACUUAAAUAAUUAAUGUAUAGUUUAUUAAAUAAAUAAAUAAAUAAAUAAAUAAAUAAAUAAAUAAAUAAAUAAGGACAUGGAAACAUUUGUACUUCUUGAAAAUGGACAGCAAGCAUGCCCAUAAGAGCUGUGUAACACUAUGUUGUUAUUGUUUGUUGUUCUUUUAUAUAACAACGCUUUUCCAAUGGGUGAUGAACAUGUGACUUGAGAUGUGUCACGUAAAUAAUGUAAAUAAUAAUGCUGGAUUGGUGUGUUUAGAGAUGAAUUGUGAUAUUUGCUGCUGCAGCACAUACUGAUAGGGAAUGAAUGAAUGAGGAAUGACUAUAAAAAUGUAGUGUUUGAUGCUGUCUUGUGGGGUAGUUAAGAGUGAACGUAAUAGGGAAUGACAAACCAAAAUGAUUUGAGUCUCAAGUCUCAAGUCAGUUGUUCACGAGUCCAAGUCAAGUCGCAAGUAAUUUUUUUUGCAACUUAAGUGUGACUCAAGUCCAACUUACCGACUCGAGUUUACAUCUCUGCUUCAAGCCCAAUUCAAGCACUUUUAUUAAUUUUAUGUGGCUGCUUCAGAUAGACAAUGUCUUCAGCCAAAGAUGGCAGUGACAGCGGUUGACUGCACUUGUCAGGGGCAGGGAAAGAUGGAAUUCAAAUAAAAAUGCACCACUUACAACAAAGAAUCACGAGGUUCACACACACACAAAAAAACACCUGAUAGAGUUAAAGUAGAAACAA